UGUCGUCUUGUUGGUUGUCGCGUUCGUGUGCGCGCACAAAAUCAGCAGCAGCAGCAGCAACAGCAACAGCAGCAGCAGCAGUCGAAGCAAUUGCAAUCGAAUAAAGAAUAUAUAAAAUUUAGCUCGCUCGUUGCAGUUGCAAGUGAAGUGCGUGCCAGUAACGGCAUAAACAACAACACUUAACAACAACAAAUUGUUUGUUUAUUUGAAUCGGGCGACCAGGGCAUUGUGUCAAUGCAAAAUUGACGAUUAUAUAAAAUAAUAUGUUGCCUUCAAACCAAAUACAACAACAAUAGUUAACGCAACGUUUCUAAACAUUUCUUUAAAAACUAAAAAAAAAAAAACUAAAUAAAAAUAAAAAUAAAAAAAAAAACAACACCAAAUCCAACAACUUGUUAACCAAAAGUGGCCUGCAAAACGAAGCAACAACCCAGAAAUGUGAUUCAAAGUGCGCAAUGUAACAAAAAACGUAAACAAUUUUGUUUUGGAUAAGCAAAAUAAUAAUAAUAUUAAUAAUAAUAGUUUAAAAAGCAAAGCCAAAUGGAACUCGCGUCGAGUAGCGUAUUAGCAGCCAUUGUCAAUGAUUAAAACGGCGUUAGAUUGAUAGCUCGCAACGUCGCCGUCGCCGGAGUCGCCGUCGUCUUAGUUAGCGUUAGACGUAGAUACACACACACACACACAUACACACACGCACAGCUCCUACACCAAGCUGUUCGAUGCCCGCACAACAGCAGCAGCAGCAGCAACAGUUUUUAGGACAUUAACCAAAGCACACACAGUUCCAGAGGACCCAGAGCGAAAGAGAGAGGGAGAGUUAGACAGAGCGAAAGCGAGGGAUAGAGAGAGAGAGAAAGAUAGCCAACAUGGACAUCAAGAUUGAGCAGCAGCAGCAGCAGCAGCAGCAGCAACAGCAACAGCAGCAGCAACAACAAACGGAGCUGGGACCCGUUUCGCCCUCGGAGGUGCCCAAUGAUCCUGGCAAAAUGUUCAUUGGCGGCCUCAGCUGGCAGACCAGUCCAGAAAGCUUACGCGAUUAUUUUGGCCGCUACGGCGACAUCUCUGAGGCAAUGGUCAUGAAGGAUCCCACAACCCGCAGAUCCAGGGGCUUUGGCUUUGUCACAUUCAGCGAUCCAAAUAGCGUAGAUAAGGUACUCACCCAAGGCACACACGAGCUGGAUGGCAAAAAGGUGGACCCGAAAGUAGCUUUUCCGCGACGUGCACAUCCCAAGAUGGUGACGAGAACGAAGAAAAUCUUUGUGGGCGGCCUCUCGGCGCCCACCACGCUGGAGGAUGUCAAAAGCUACUUUGAACAGUUUGGUCCGAUCGAGGACGCAAUGCUGAUGUUUGACAAGCAGACCAAUCGGCACAGAGGUUUUGGCUUCGUUACAUUUCAAAGCGAAGAUGUGGUAGACAAAGUUUGUGAAAUUCAUUUCCAUGAGAUAAACAACAAAAUGGUCGAGUGCAAGAAGGCGCAGCCCAAGGAGGUAAUGCUGCCGGCCAAUCUGGCCAAGACCCGCGCGGCCGGUCGCUCCGCUUACGAUAACAUCAUGUGGGGUCUGGGGACAUUGCCCGAAGGCUUUCCGGCAGCUGCGUAUGCUGCCUAUGCCGCAGGUCGCGGCUACUCCGGCUAUCCGAGCUUCGGACUACCCUAUCCAACUGGCCUAACUAUUUGUGGCAUCGGUAGAAGUUAUGGUACCACAUGUAGCACGAAUGCGGGCCGCAGCAGAGCUGCCACUGGCCCCGCUGGCGGUGGUGCGGCUGCUGCAGCCGCUGUCCACAAUCAGCCCCAGUCAGGAUAUCAACACCACCAGGCGCUGACUCUGCCACUAGCCACAGCGCUGACAGCGCGCACGGCGGCAAUCAAAUCGCAGUUUUUGGGCAACAUAAAUUUCUAAAAACAAAAAUCAAAAUAACACAGAUAAACCGUAUAUAAGCCGAAAGCAAGUCUGAGAGAGCGGGAAAACUUACACAGAAAAAAGAACACCAGGCCACAAGAAAAUCUUAAACAGAAACAAAUCAAAGAGGAAAAAACAAGCAAAUAUACGAGAGGCCUGCGAUAUUGUAUUUAAUAUUUCAUUGCCAUUUUGUCUCACUCAUUUUUUUUCUGUGGUCUCAACGACAAUACGCAAACCAAAAUAAAUCAUUUGUACUGUGACAAGUAGGUACAACAACAACAACAACAACAACAGCAACAGCAACAAGAGCAACAACCACAAAUAAAAUUUAUUAGCUUAGAUUGUUUCUACGGUGAAUGGUAACAACAACAACAACAACAACAACAGCACCAAAUAAAACAAAUACUCGAUCUAUCAAAAAAUAAAUAAAAACAAAUAACAGAAACUUAUACAAGUAUUUGUAAUUGCAGACCCAUAUAUAAUCACAUUUAGAGCUGCUGGCGCAUACAUGUGUGUACACACUGUACUAUGUGGCCUCCGUAUAGCUGACAAAAGGAAACUUUCUAAACACACACACACACACACACACACACACACACACACACACACACACACACACAUAUUUAGCUAACAUUUGAUUGUUCUAGACGCGUUGUUCGAUUAGCUGAAACCCUAGUUGCGCAUAUUUACCCCGUAUAUAAAUAAAUAAAUAUCUAUCUAUAGAGCCGAGCACAUAUAAGGCGGCAACUGUACCGUACGCAGCUCUGUAGCUUUCGAUUAACUAUUACACACACACACAUAUAGCCACAUGUAGUUGUGUUUAGGCCAACAUAAUCGCAUAAUCACACAUAUUUAACUCUUUAGACGUACGUGUAGCGUCCCGUAGAGAGGUAUGACACAAUGUGUACACAAUGCACACACGCACACAAACAGUAAACACUCCAUAUAAAUGAUACCAAUAUUUGUGCUUUUUUUUUUGUUUUUUAAUAUUAUUUUUGUAAUAUCUUGCUUUGCGUUGCGUUCGCCACAUUAAUUCUCAUUAAGCCCAAACCCAUUUUGGCUUGGUCCCAGGGACACAAAUCUAUUAUUUAUAAAAACUUUUUUACUGUAAGCAUUUAAAUGCAAAUUUUUAUUUGUAGUACAUCUGCAUAAAUUAGUCGUGUGCAACAACAACAACAACAACAACAGAAAUAAACAUAAACCGCGCGAAAUGCAUACGAAAAGCAUUUUAGAUAAAAACUACAUUUUAGCCAGCCUGUCACAUGUAGUAUCAUUAUUAUCCUUUAAUUAAUUUCCUGCAUAAUAUAAUUUCUGUAUUUCGUUUUUUUUUUACUCUCUUUUUUUACGACCGUUUCGUUUUUGGUUUGGGUCCCCUGAGUUUUAGAUAAUAUAAGCACACGUGCAGAGAUUUUUUGGCGUAGCAAAAGUUCAUUAAUUAGCAAAAUUUUCUGUUCUGUUUCAUAAUGUGUGUAGCCACAAAAAUAAAAUCAAAAUAAAUA